GCCAGCAUCACCACCUCCAUAAACAUCGCCGUCCCUCUUCAACCCUAACCUUUUUAUCCUUUUCCCAUUCAUCUACUUCUCUCUCCCAUCUCCAUGCCAUCAUCCCCUUCCUCUCCAUGGACCUCCACCACCACCCCUCCUCCUCCUCCUCUUCCCCUUCCAAACCCCUCCCCACCCUCGACGCCGGCGCCGCCUUGGUUCUCAAAUCCAAAGGGACUUGGUGGCAUGCUGGGUGUCACCUCACCACCGCCAUUGUUGGCCCAACAAUCCUCACGCUGCCUUAUGCUCUGCGUGGCCUUGGCUGGGGUUUGGGGCUGGUUUUGCUCUCUGUGAUGGCGUCUGUCACUUUCUAUGCUUAUCUUCUCAUGUCUAGGGUUCUUGAGCAUUGUGAGAGGGGAGGACGUCGGCAUAUUAGGUUCCGGGAGCUCGCCGCUGAUGUUUUGGGGUCUGGAUGGAUGCUCUACUUUGUGGUUUGCAUACAGGGAGCAAUCAAUACGGGAAUUGGGAUUGGUACCAUUCUGCUUGCAGCUGACUGUCUUCAGAUUAUGUACUCGGCUGCCAGUCCCAAUGGUCCUCUGAAGCUAUACCAUUUCAUUAUUAUUGUGACGGUGGUGCUAAUAAUCUUCUCUCAGCUUCCUUCUUUCCAUUCACUUCGCCAUAUCAACCUUGCCUCGCUGCUUAUGAUAAUUGGUUACGCUGUCGUUGUGGUUGCUGGAUGCCUUAAUGCAGGUUUUUCAAAAAACCCUCCUCCAAGGAAAUACUCACUGGAUUCUUCCAAGUCCAAUCGAUCUUUCAACGCAUUCACUUCCAUCUCCAUAUUAGCUUCAAUUUUUGGCAAUGGAAUAUUACCGGAAAUUCAAGCAACUGUGGCUCCUCCAGUUGCUGGCAAGAUGCUGAAGGCGCUCUUGCUCUGCUACUCAGUCAUCUUUGUCACCUUCUACCCGGUUGCAAUCUCCGGGUAUUGGGUAUUUGGUAAUGAAGUGAACUCAAAUGUUCUCCAGAGUUUAAUGCCGGAUUCCGGUCCUUCUUUAGCUCCAACAUGGCUACUAGGUCUUGCAGUAGUCUUCAUACUCCUCCAAUUGGUUGCAAUUGGCUUGGUUUACUCGCAAGUCGCCUAUGAAAUAAUGGAGAAGAACUCCGCCGAUGUGAAUCAAGGAACUUUUUCAAAAAGAAAUCUUAUUCCAAGAAUAAUUCUAAGGACUCUUUAUAUGAUAUUUUGCGGUUUUGUGGCUGCAAUGUUACCAUUCUUCGGUGAUGUAAUUGGUGUUGUUGGAGCCAUUGGUUUCAUUCCACUGGAUUUCAUUCUCCCCAUGCUCUUGUACAACAUGGCUAUCAAACCUCCAACAAGAUCAGUUAUGUUCAUGCUUAACAUGUUCAUCAUGGUGGUCUUCACUGGUGUAGGGAUCAUGGGUGCUUUCUCCUCUAUUAGGAAGCUUGUCCUUGAUGCUAAUGAGUUCAGUCUCUUCAGUGAUAAUGUUGUUAAUUGAUCAUUGAGAUAUGUAUGUUAUGAGAUGCAGAACAUACAGUACUCCAGUGUAAAAUUUCAUGCCUUUUUCCUUUCUUCUGAUUCUUUUUUAUGCCAACUGUUUUAAGCUUGUUCUUGAUGCUAAUUAUUUGAUCAUUGAGAUAUGUAUUUUAUGAGAUGUAGAACAUACACUCCAAUGUAA